AAGACUGUGUAUAAAACUAAGUUGUAAUAGUAAUGGAUGUUAACAUUGAUAGCAAGUGAUGAGACUAUUAUCAUGAUUAUAAUGUCAUCAGGUUGCAGUUAAAUUAAUCAACAAAAUUAAAGUGACUGAAUGGGGACUUCAUAAUGGACAUAAUAUACCAAUGGAAAUUAUUCUCUUGAAAAAAGUUUCUCAUGUUUCUGGAUGUAUUAAAAUGUUAGAUUGGUAUGAAGUGAAAAACAAUAGUGCUCACAGUUAUGUUAUAGUGAUGGAACGACCAGAGCAUGUUCAAGACUUAUUUGACUAUAUCACAGAAAAGGGCGCUGUAAAUGAAGAAACCAGCAAAGUGUUCUUUAGACAAAUAGUAGAAACUCUUUAUAAUGUACAUAGAUUAGGUGUUGUACACCGAGACAUUAAAGAUGAAAAUAUUUUAGUGGAUUUGAAAACUGGUGAACUGAAAAUAAUUGACUUUGGAUCUGGUACAUUGCUCAAAGAUACAGUUUAUGUGACCUUUGAUGGUACAAGAGUGUACAGUCCUCCUGAAUGGAUAAAACACCAUCGGUACCAUGGUAAAUCAGCAACAGUGUGGUCACUGGGAAUUUUAUUAUUUGACUUAGUUUGUGGAGAUAUUCCAUUUGAACAAGAUGAACAAAUCAUGAAAGCAGAAGUAUCAUUUAGGGGAAGAUUAUCACAUGAUGUGAAAGACUUAAUAAAAAAGUGUUUAGCAAUUCGUCCAUCUGAUAGGCCAUCUUUUGAAGACAUUUUAAAUCAUUCAUGUUUAGCAACUCCACAGUUGCCAGUUGAGAAACUUAGUUUACAUGGAAAUAAUAACAAUAGUUCUUCCCAAGUCAAAGUGAACUGCAGUUAUUUAGCAGUUUAUUAG